AUGCAAUUUGCUGUUACUAAAUUACCACAACUUUGUAAAGGUGUUUUACCAUAGAAAUUUGAAUAACUUGUAUUAAUUAUUUCAUAAUAAUUAGAUAUAUUUAGAUCUUGUUAUAUCGAGUAUAAAUUAAAUAAAAAAAGCUGAUAAAGAUUUAUUAAUAUUAUCAUCAAAGCAUUUUUACUUAAUUACUAAUUAUUAUGAAUUAUGUACUUAUGAAGAAAUGAAAGCAGAAUUAAAAAAGUUAAAAAUAGAAGACUUAAAAAAUAUUUUGUUAAAUAAUGCAUAAGAAAUAUUGAAAUCAGUUAUAAUUAUAAUUUAUUUUAGAAACAAAAUUCAGUAGCCAAUUUCGUUUCUAUUAUACCUGUUUUAAGUAGAAAUUUUAAUUUAAAUGAAUUUUCUUAAUUAAUUGAAGAAUAAUUAAAAGAGAUGAUUGAAAUUGUAAAAGAUCGUCAUGAAUGCAAGAAAUUCUCUAAUAUUACUUUAACUAGAUUUUGUAAAUCUAUGGGAUAUAUAUUAAGAAAUAGUGAUAAUCAAAGUCUUAAAUAACACUAUUAAACUUUUAUAUUUUAGAUUAUAAUUAAUAAACCUAAUACUUAAUUGAGACAUAUCUAUUCCAUGCUUCAUUAUUUGUAAUUCAUUAAAUAUAAUUAAAUCAUUUCAUAUCUAAAUUAGAAAUAAUUAGCUACUGAAGUCUCAAAAUUCAUUUUAUAAAGAUUUAGAACACAACUUAAUUUUGAACCUGAUAUUUCAGAAAAUCCUGAAUUUUAUUCAUAAUUAUCUUCAGUAUAAUAUUAUAUAUAUUAUAAUAGUUUCUAUUUAAGACAAAUUAUUUUCCCUAUGAUGAUGCUUUAUUUAUUGAAGAAACAUUAUUAUAAAAGGUAAAAUUUAAAGAAGAAAAAGUUGAAUUUGCUUAUCUUAAAUUACUAUUUUGUUAAUUAAGUAAAGUAGGAGUUGGAGAAAAAUUAAUAAAAAGAAUGUUAUAAAUACAUAAGAAAAUGUAAAUGGAAAAAGAAUUCUUACCUUAUUAUUUAUUAUCUCUUUUGUAUUUUCAAACUAGUCACAUAAUGGAUUAAUUUAGAAUUAAUCCUACUAAAGAAAAUAUGGAAAGACUUAUAAAAGAACCUCAUUAUAUUUAACCUUUAAUUGAUUAAGCUAUUGAUGCCAUUAGAUAAUUUGGAUAUGCAUAAGUUGCUUAUCCCUAAGAAUCAAUUAAUUAAACUAAAAUUUGUUAAGCUAUAUUGAAUUGUUUUAAUAUUAAAUUAUUUGAAGAAGAAAAUAUUAAAGCAUAAUUUAAUUAAAAUAAUUCUUAAACAGGAAGAACUAAUGAAAUAAAUAAUGAUGUUGAAGAUUUUCUUUAAUCUAUAGGGAUUGAAUUUAUAAAAGAAUAUAAUGAAGGAUUCUAUUCUUAUGAUUAUUGGAUACCCAGUUUAAAUAUUAUUAUAGAAUGUGAUGGAUCUUUUCAUUAUCAAACUAAUUCAUAUGAUAAAAAGGAUAGUUCAACUUUGGCAAGAGAUUUCUUAAUUUUAAAUUCUAAUAGAAAGUUAAUAUCAAUAAAUUGGUUUAAAUAAAGAGAAAAAAGAUUUACAGAAGAUAAAUUUGGAUAUAUAUCUUAAUUAUGGAAUAAAUUAGAUAAGAAUCCUGAUAUUAUUUAUGCUUAAUGA